GUCCCCCCCCCCCCACCCCGCCCCUCCCGGCGCGGGCCUCGCACCCCACGAUGUACCAUAACAGUAGCCAGAAACGGCACUGGACUUUCGCCAGCGAGGAGCAGCUCACGCGAUUGCGGGCGGACGCCAAUCGCAAGUUCAAAUGCAAAGUGGUGGCGAACGGGAAGGUUCUUCCAAAUGAUCCAGUCUUUCUCGAGCCUCAUGAAGAAAUGACGCUCUGUAAAUACUAUGAGAAAAGAUUAUUGGAAUUCUGUUCCGUGUUUAAACCAGCAAUGCCAAGGUCUGUUGUGGGUACAGCUUGUAUGUAUUUCAAGCGGUUUUACCUUAAUAACUCAGUAAUGGAAUAUCAUCCUCGGAUAAUAAUGCUUACUUGUGCAUUUUUGGCCUGCAAAGUAGAUGAAUUCAAUGUAUCAAGCCCACAAUUUGUUGGAAAUCUGCGGGAGAGUCCUCUUGGGCAGGAGAAAGCACUGGAACAGAUUUUGGAAUAUGAACUGCUACUUAUACAGCAACUUAAUUUCCACCUUAUUGUUCACAACCCAUAUAGACCAUUUGAGGGCUUUCUCAUUGAUAUAAAGACACGCUAUCCCAUGUUGGAAAAUCCAGAGAUGUUGCGGAGAACUGCUGAUGACUUUCUCAACAGAGUUUCAUUAACAGAUGCUUAUCUUUUAUACACACCAUCCCAAAUUGCCCUGACUGCCAUUUUGUCUAGUGCAUGCAGAGCAGGAAUUACUAUGGAAAGUUAUUUAUCGGAAAGUCUGAUGCUGAAAGAUAAUAGAACUUGUUUGUCACAGCUGCUAGACACAAUGAAAAGCAUGAGAAAUUUGGUAAAAAAGUAUGAAGCUCCUAGACCUGAAGAAGUCGCCAUUCUGAAACAGAAGUUGGAGAGAUGUCACUCUGCUGAGCUUGCACUCAAUGUGACCACGAAGAAGAGGAAAGGCUACGAAGACGAUGAUUAUGUCUCAAAGAAAUCCAAGCAUGAGGAAGAAUGGACUGAUGAUGACUUGGUAGAUUCUCUUUAACCAUUCGGAAUAGACCUAUCUACGUUAUUAACGAACGAAAAAGAAAAAUUAUAUCAGCUUUUAACUAUUUGAAGAUGAAAUAAUGUCAAAGCAUCUAUGCAUCAUUAAACGUUCCUAUUGUUUCAAAUU